AUACGGAUAUCAAGUGGGAUGAUUUAUCAAAUGAGACGCUUGACGAGCUGUCUGAGCUAUUGAGUAUGGAGCGGUCUGAACUUGAAGAGACAGUGCAUGAAAGCAAGUGCGAUGAAAUCUCUGCCAUGUUCAACAUGGUAAUGGAUAAGAAACGCCAUGCUAAAGGUAUAUUCGAUCUAGAUCACACCGCUACACCCGAAACGAAACCACCGCGUAAACAUGAACGAACUGGAAGAUCUAAAAAACCACGAUCUUCAGUGCCAAAACCUAAGAAUACAUCUGUAAGUCCAGGAGGGAAGGCGACAGAAGCAAACGCCGAUACAAACCUUGUCGACGGAGUUGAAAUGUCACAGCAAAGCACAAGCUUUGAUUUUUUAGCAUUAUGUUCAGCGCCGACUUGGCUUGGGCCAGGAAGAAGACGAUCAGGCAGAAGAAAGUCCCGUUGGCCGGACCGGUCUACCCCUAGCAGUGAGAGAGCUAGAUCUCAGAGUCCCGAUCCCGGAAGACUCAACGAAAGCAGUCCCAUUCAUUCUCCAGUUAAUGGGAAGGACAAGUUACCGGUUGAAACUGCAAAAUCUCGAGCUUCUCAGCGCCGUUCCAGAUCAUGUGGCCCACAUGAUAAGCGCACUAGUCUUUCUUUACAAACUGCGACAGUUGAAGUCGCUGAUGAGGAACAGGUUGAUCUCACACCACGACAAAGCCCCGUAACGCGACCUGCACGCCUAACUAUACAGGGAUGUUACAAGCCGUCUGUGAAACAACUGCAGAUCGAACCUCAUAGUCCAAAUGGGCCCCUCACAACGGUUGAGGUGCACUUUGCUGACAAUUCCAAUCCUUGCUCGACGACAAAUUUUCACGAGAGCAACGAAGGAUCAUCGUCUAAUAUACCCCUUUUACAAGAAGAAAAUGAACAGAAUUUGGAUUCUUCAGUGCUGGAACCAAGCGUCCCCAAAAUUUCUCUUAUAGACAAACCCCCAGUAAGGGUUUUGAACAAUAUCAUUGUCAAACCCAAACAAAAACUGUUAACGAACAAUUUCUUGUUGCCAGUUGAUUCUCGCUUAUCAGGGGCAAUACCCAAACACAAGGGAUCAUCUUCAUCUUCAUCAUCAUCACAACCAAAGCUAUUGGGACCCAACGACAAUUCGGGUUCUUCCGAAUCUUUCGUUGAGUCUAUCCCAGCUAAUAACUAUGCUAAUCUCUCUGAUGACGAGAAGCUAGAAAAAUGCAAACACAACAAUAGCAAUUUGCCUAGGACAGAUAGCGAGAAACGAAUAGAGCAAGGAAUUAAUGAUCUUAAGUUAACAGACAAUGAUGAGCCAGAAGAGAAAAUUGACAGUACGUCACACCUACUCGCCGAACCAGUUAAUGUUGCGUCAUCAAGUGGUCUUUGCAUUAGCGUUGGAAGCAGCGCCAAACGAACUUCCCGGACUCGUUUAACGGUUCCAGGAAGCUUUUUGGAUAACAAGAACUCUCCACCCGAUCAUACGCCGGAUGAUACAGUAUUUUCGGAAUUGCAAGAACACGAUGAAGACGAUGACAACGAAUCAAUUAUUCUUAAGGUUUUAAAAGAGAACUCCCCUCGACGCUUGCCGCACUCGGGGCUGUUACGGCACUCCUCGGGCUCUGUGAAGUCUCAAAAGCGGACAGGUUCUUCCGCCUCAUUAAAAACUCCUAUCACACCAAACAAACAAUUCUUACGGAGUCCGCUCGCUCGCAUCGAGAGUUUUCACAGCGAUGACUUCGACAUGCUGCGUUCGGAUGUAGAUGCCCGUUCUGAACGGGAACGCUCAGAUGCGGAGAACAAUAGCCCAGAAAAGGUCGAAAUCAGUCCGUCGGCCUCUCAGAGCUCGGAGGCAUCCGUAAACUGCAUGAAAGCACCGAUAGUGCCCUGCCUAACUGGAGUUUACCAAAAACAGAAGAUAAAGACGCGUUCAAAGUGCAAAUGUCAGACAGUUCUUAAGGAAACUAGUUUGACUUCGGGGCGGUUGCAAGAGAGAGCUGGGAAGAAUGACCGGUUAUUAGAUAUUCGAGAAGGAAAUGAUAUCAUUGGAGAUAGAAUUUUGGAAGAGACGGUUGACAGAAUAGCAAUUGGAGGUUCAUCAAAAAUACAUCCUAUUGUUAAAGAUGAACAGGAAGGAGAUGUACCUCUACAUAUGGGUAAAUCGAAGAUCCCUCGGGCCACUAACAAAACAGGCUAUCAGAUGUUAACAUCAUUGUGUUCAGACGUAACGAACAAACCACCUAAAUCGAAACAUAUGCAGACAUCAGAAUCAAAGUUUGGAUCAUUUGAGCACUACAAAGUGUUUUCUAUACUGAGAAUAUCUGGAGGAUUUUGUUGA